GCGAGUGCCAGCGAUCUUGAGUAACACGUGGUAGAGAAGAUUCCACAAAAAAAAAGAGGCAAAAAAAUUCCCGGAAAUGGCGACUUGUGUUUUUGCAUUCACUGAUCUCGGCACUGUGCAUGAAUGAUGACUUCUGGUUAUGUAUCAUCAUUACGAUUUUUCAUCUAGCCGUACAAACAACUGGGAUAGACCUCUUUUAUCCAAUCGGUUGGCACCAUGCAAGAUCACGAGCCAAUAAAAAAACAUGGUAUAUGCAAGAAGCCUUUUACGGAGCCCCAUCCCCAUCGCAGUACGAUAUUGACAAGGAGCAUCACUACAUUAAGGUAUCUCACUCCAUGUCUCCUAAACCAGCUGCUACGCUGCGUUGCACAAAAUCUACAGUCCCAUUGGAUCCGUUCGCCUCCGUUGUGGCAUGGUCUUAUUGGAUAAAGUUGGCAGAAAGUCCUGGAAAAAAAAGCCAAUGACUGCAGAAUUAUUGUAUGGUAACAUACGAAUAAUAUACCAACAAGCCGUACACCCGCUGUGCAAUGGAUGCCGCCUGCCACCGGAGGCCGCCCUCUCACAUUGAGCGACUUUCGCCAGACAAAAGCCUAACGCAUACACGGCAUAAC